AUGGAGAAAACUAGCUUCCUCAUUGCUGCUGUAGUACUGUUGGUACUGAAUCAUUCAAUUUAUUCCUCAGCUAUAACCAACUUAACCACAGACCAAUCUGCUCUUCUCUCCUUCAAAUCCUACAUUACUUUAUACCCAUACAACGUCUUGGCUGACAAUUGGUCCACCUCUACCUCAGUUUGCAACUGGGUUGGGAUCACCUGUUGUGUCCUCCACCAAAGGGUCACAUCCCUGAAUCUCUCCAACAUGGCUCUCACAGGCUCGCUCUCUCCCCACCGCGGAAACCUCUCAUUUGUAUCUUUACUCGACAUCAGUUUCAACGAUUUCCACGGCCAAAUCUCCGAGGACUUGUCUCGUUUGCAUCGACUCAAACAAGUCAAUUUUGAGCACAACAACUUUACUGGAGAUUUGAAUUCAUAUUCAUGGUUUGGUAAUUUACCAGAGCUCCAAUGCUUGCUUCUAUACAACAACAGUUUCACAGGCACAAUUGGAUCUUCACUGUGCAACAUUUCAAACCUGGAGGCACUCUAUUUAGGCCAGAAUUAUCUGCAAGGAAGCAUUCCAGAUGAGAUUGGUAAACUUUCCAAUUUGAAAAUUUUGAAUUUGGAAAGCAAUCAGAUUACGGGUUCUAUACCCUCUGCUAUGUGUUAG